AUGUCUUCUUUGAAUGUCUUCGUCUGCGGUGCCACCGGUACCCAAGGAGGAGCUCUCAUUGACCAUCUCGUCAAGAGCAACGCAAACAUCCAUGCCGUAACACGAACCCCUGAUUCUGAAGCCGCUCAACGUCUCAAAGACCUCGGUGUUUUUAUCACAAAAGGUGAUUUCGACGACGAUGAAUCCUUCCGAAAGCCCAUGGCCAACUGCACCAGCCUAUUCCUCAACCUCAUGCCCAAAUUAACGGAUCUCAACGCAAGUCUGGAGCAAGCACGUCGAAUUCUCAAAAUUGCCAAAGACGCCGGCAUCAAGCAAGUCAUCUAUGCCAGCGCCACAUCCGCCGACGACCCUCGACGCCUCAAAGACUGGGAUCCGAACAGCAUCAUCAGCACCAUGAUGCUCAACAAGCAAGCCAUCGAAAAUGAAAUCCGCACUGCAGGAUUUGAGCAUUGGACCAUUUUGCGUCCGGCUCACUUCAUGACCAACUUCUUGUCCCCGAUGGCAAGGAUGUAUCAAGGCUUCACCGAAACUGGAGUAUUCACCACUGCUUACACCCCCGAUACUGUACUGCCAAUGGUGGAUCCCCACGACAUUGGAACAUUUGCUACAGCCGCUGUACUCGAUCCUGUUCGGUUCAAUCAACAGGGAAUUCCAAUCGCAUCGCAAUUUUUGGGAGUUGAGGAUCUGAUGCAAUCUAUAUCUCGUGCGACUGGAAGGAAGUUGAAGGUUGUAUACUUAUCCGAGGAGGAGGUCAAUUCGCAGAGGGCAACCAACCCUUUCAUUGCUGGCCAGCACAUGGCACGCGGUAUGGCCUCAUUGGUGGAUCUGGAGGAGGUCAAGAAAUGGAACUUGCCGCUGGGAACUUUCGAGGAAUUUUUGCAGCGUGAAAAGGAAAGGGUUGACGCGACAUAUCUAUAG